CUCAAAGAGCAUUGCCAUCACCACGCAAUUGAAUAAACACAAACACAAAAUGUCUGCCGCCGAAUCCACCAUGCCCACCGAGUCCGCCGCUCCCGCCGUUGAUCCCACGGCCACUACCGCCUCCUCCGGCCAGCAGGAUUACCUUGACAAGGGCGUUGCUUUCGCUGCUCAAAAGGCUGGACAUUCCACCAACGCCUCAACCACCGAGAAGAUUUCCGAUGGUAUCCGUUCCGGCUUCAAGAAGCUUACUGGAAAGGAUGUUCCUAUCGCCGACAAGCAGUAAGCCUUUGUGCCGACGGAGUGUACGAGUAUGGUCAGGACUACGAAUAGAGCACAGGCCAAGCGCCUGACGAUGGAGGAGUUAUUGUAUACCUAUUGAAGGAGUGGAACUCCAUAAUGAUACUUCUUUGCCUACA